AUGUCUAGCAUAAUACCAUCAUCAUCAAAGCAAUUAUACUAUAAAGUAACUCAAAUAAGAUCAUCAAUAGGAAUGCCACCAAAGACAAGAAAUACAUUAGCAGCUUUGGGAUUACGUAGAAGAAAUCAAAUUAAAUAUAUUAAAUGUGAUGUUUCAAGUGCUCAUUCAUUAAGUAAAGUAAAAGAAUUAAUUAAAGUUGAAUUAAGUGAUCAAUUUAAAACUAAUAGAGAAAUUAAUAUGGAGAGAAAAUGGCCAAAUGGAUUUGAAUUAAUAAAAGAUGGUACGAGGAAAGUAUAUGAAUGA